AUGGGAAUAUGCAAAUCUAAAAAGCAAAGCCAUUUUCCUCCAUAAUACAAAAAAAAUAACAUGAAAGCUUCCUAAGCUGCUGAUACUGUAAAAGAAAACAGUCCAAAUAAUAUAGCAGCUGAUUCUUCAAUUUAAUUAUCUUAAUAAGACUUCUUUUUGAGAAGUUAGGAACUUUUGACUCCAGAUAAAUAAAGUACUGUAAAUAAAGGAAAAUUUUUCAAUAAAUAUACUUUAAUGGAAAGCUUUAAAAGUCCCAACGAACAGAUUCGUCAAGUUUGCACCGUUUAAAAUAAUUAAACUGGAGUAACGAAAAUUGCAAUAAUUUAAAGCCAUCAAUAUAAAUAAAUAGAUUUGAAUAAGUUAUAAAACAAAAUACAAUAACUUAAAAAAUUAGUAAUAACCUCUUCAUUAUUAGGAUCACCCAAAUAUAAUGUCCAUUUAUGAAUUUUUUGUUGAUUCAAAGUAAUUAUAUAUGGUAACCGAAAAUUAUAAUGGGGGAACGCUUUUUUCAAGAAUUAAAGCUGAUGAUAAAGCUAAUUCAGUAAGCAAAAAUUAAUUAAUAUAAAAAUACUUUUAAUAAAUUUUUGCAGGUUUGUAAUAUCUACAUAGUAAUGGGAUUAACCAUAAGUAAAUUUGAUAUAUAAGUAUUUUAUAGAUAUCUGAAGCCAACAAAUAUACUUUUUUAAAGCUAGCAAAGUCAAUUAAUUAAAUUAAUUGAUUAUAGUAAUACAAGAGUGAAAUAAAGGGAAAUCGAUAUGCUUGAACUAAAUUAUCUAGCUCCUGAAGUGAUCUAAAAUUAAUAGUAUUCUCCAGCUUCUGAUAUUUGGGCUUGUGGAGUAUUAUUAUAUGAAAUAUUGGUUGGAUCUUGUCCAUUCUAAGGUGAAAAUAUCAAACAAUAAAAAGAAAAUAUCUUAAAAUGUUAAAUUAAAAAAGAUAAAUAAUGGAACGCUAUUCCACAUGAUGCAUAAAAAUUAAUUAAUUUAAUUUUGAAAAUUGAUCCAUGUAUAUCUAUUUAUUAAGUUUAUUAGCCCAACGUAUUAAUGCAGCAGAAUGUUUAUAACAAGAUUAUUUAAGAAAUAUUGCGAAUUAUACUGAUAAAACUUUUCUUGAUGAUAUAAUUUUAAGAAUUUAAUCAUAUUAAUCAAAGUCAGAGUUUCAAAAAAUUCUAUUCUCAAUAAUGAUUAAUAAGUUUUUGGAUGAAAAAGAAAAAGAAAAAUUAAUGAUAGCUUUUUAAGCUAUUGAUGAUAAUAAAGAUGGCAAAAUUACUUAAAAAGAAUUAAAAAAGUUUUUAAAUUCAGAGUAAUAGAGGCCAUUUGCAGAUAAAAUAUUCUAAAUUCUAGAUUCAAAUUAAAAUGGAUUUAUUGAAUUUAAUGAGUUUUUACUAGCUUGUUGUAACACUGAAAAAUUAGCUAAUUAAGAAAACUUACAAUUAUUAUUUAAAUUUAUUGAUAAAAAUUAAAAUUAAUAGAUAACUAUAAAAGAAUUAAAAUCUUUAUUCAUAGAUGCCAGAUUAACUGAUUAAGAAUGGGAAAUAAUAUUUAAUUAAGGAGAUUUGAAUUAAAAUGGAAAACUUUCAUUUUAAGAGUUUUCCCUACUAUUGUAAUCUAAUUCAAAUUGA